UCGUUCGUUCGGACACGCGAUGGCGCGUUCGCGAUAAGUUGCGUCUGUUUUUCAGUAACACGGAACAGCGGACGUCCGGGAGACCUGUUAGGGUCCGAGACCUGUCACCGCUUGAAUACAAUGGCAGACAGCGAUGACGAAUACGACCGCCGUCGCAGGGAUAAGUUUCGCCGAGAAAGAAGCGAUUAUGACCGCUCCAGAGAAAGAGAAGAUCGUCGGAGGGAUGAUUGGAGUGAUAGACGGCCGUCGGCAAGAGAAUGGGACAGAGGCCGGGAGAGGCGGAGCCGCGGCGAGUACCGUGACUAUGAGCGAGGAAGACGAGAGAGGUUUUCCCCCCCUCGGCACGAUAUGAGCCCCCAACCCAAACGCAUGAGGCGUGACUGGGAUGACCAUGGUGGAGACCCCUACCAUGGUGGCUAUGACCUGGCAUAUGGCGGGGGAGGAGGACCUAGCUACGCCCCACCACAGCCCUGGGGCCACCCUGACAUGCACCUGAUGCAGCCUCACCAUGGCAUUCCCAUUCAAGCCAGGUUAGGCAACAUACAUGACAUGGAGCUGGGUCCACCGCCACCUGUGAUGAAGAGCUUCAAAGAGUUUCUGCUCUCCCUAGAUGACUCCGUAGAUGAGACAGAGUCAGUCAAGCGCUAUAACGAGUACAAGAUUGACUUCAGGCGGCAGCAAAUGCAGGACUUCUUCCUAGCUCACAAAGACGAAGAGUGGUUUCGCUCUAAAUACCACCCUGAUGAGGCAGGGAAGCGGAAAGCAGACGCUCAUGCCGCCCUGCAGAACCGGUUGAGCGUCUUCAUGUACCUCCUGGAGAACAGCUGGUUCGACUCCGUCUCCAUGGACAUUGACCGUGCUCCACAGAUCAUUAAGAUCCUCGACGCAGCGGUGAUAAAGAUGGAAGGAGGGAUGGAGAAUGACCUGCGUAUCCUGGAGCAGCCAGUGGAAGAAGACGAGGAGAGAGAGAAACCAUUGUCCGAACCACCAAAAAGAGACGAGAACAGGCCCGUGGAGAGUGACCGCAAGCCCUCCACGGAGAAGGCAGACAAAGAGAGUGGGCCUGGAGAUGCUGGGGUGAAGGAAGCGGGUGCUGCUGCAGCAGGCAGUGAAGCAGGUGACAAGCCUGACAAAGAGCCUCCAGCUGGGGAGAUUGCCGAGCCCAAGAAGCUGAGUAAGAAGAGGAAGAGGAAACGCAGUGGGGACAGCGAAGAUGAAGCCAGCGCGUCAGAAAGUGACUCGGACUCCGACUCGGACUCCGACUCCCACUGCUCAGAGAAACCAGCAGAGAGGGAGCGGGAACGUGAAGAGGGCGAGGACAAGGAAGAAGAGGAGGAGGGUGAAGCUGACGCAAAGGCACGAAAAGAGGAGAAACAGAAAGAGAGGGAGAAGGAAAAGGAGGAGAAGAAAGCGAAGGAAGACCAGCCUCCGAGACCUCGGCCGCUCCACAAGACCUGCUCUCUGUUUAUGAGGAGUAUAGCACCCUCUAUCUCUAAAGCAGAAAUCAUUGCUCUGUGUCGCCGUUAUCCUGGAUUCAUGCGUGUUUGUCUGUCUGAACCACAACCUGAGCGAAGGUUCUUUAGACGCUGUUGGGUAACCUUUGACCGAGGGGUGAACAUCAAGGAGAUCUGCUGGAAUCUGCAGAACAUCCGGCUGCGGGACUGUGAGCUGGCUCCGGUUGUGAAUCGGGAUUUGGCACGGCGGGUGCGGAACAUUAAUGGAAUCACCCAGCACAAACAGGUCCUGCGGAAUGACAUCAAGCUGGCGGCGAAGCUAAUCCAUGCUAUGGAUGAGCGUGAGAAGCUAUGGAGUCACCGGCCACGCGCGGAGCUGCAGGUCAUAGAGCUCCCAACUCAGAACCCCAUUCUGAAGAACAUCACAGAUUACCUCAUUGAAGAAGUAAGUGCGGAGGAGGAGGAGCUUCUGGGCAGUGUGGGCGGAGCUGACUCAGAGGAGGGAAAUAAAGAAGGAAAUCCUACUGAGAUCACCGUGGAAAGGGAUGACAAGCUGGUUAAGGUGUUGGACCGUCUUCUGUUCUACUUGCGUAUCGUGCACUCCAUUGACUAUUACAACACGUGCGAGUACCCAAGUGAGGACGAGAUGCCCAACCGCUGUGGAAUCAUCCAUGUGCGCGGGCCUAUCCCUCCCAACCGCAUCACACACCGAGAGGUGUCUGACUGGGAGAAGACAUUCGAGGAGAAGUUAGGCCCCUUAUUCAGCGUGAAGGAAACGCUGUCCGAGGAUGAGGCGGUCAAAAUGGGCCGGAAGGAUCCAGAACAAGAAGUGGAGAAGUUUGUGUCGGCCAACACGCAGGAGCUGGGCAAAGACAAGUGGUUGUGUCCGCUCAGUGGCAAAAAGUUUAAGGGUCCAGAGUUUGUGAGGAAGCACAUUUUGAACAAACAUGGAGAUAAGAUUGAGGAAGUGAAGAAGGAGGUGGAGUUCUUCAACAACUUUCUGAUGGAUGCUAAAAGACCCUCUCUCCCAGAGAUGAAACCGCCACCCCCUCCAGGCCCUGGGCAGGGAGUCCUGUCUCCUGGUGGUCCCCCAUUCCCACCCCAGGCUCCUCAGGGUCUCAUGGGCUUUGGACAGCCCAGGCCUCCAGUUAUGGGUUAUGGAGGUGGUGGUCCUCCUUACCCGCCCAACCAGUACGGGGGUGGCGGCAGGGGUAACUAUGACAACUUCCGUGGACAGGGUGGCUACCCUGGCAAACCCAGGAACAGCCGGAUGAUGCGUGGGGACCCUCGCAACAUUAUUGAGUACCGUGAUCUAGAUGCCCCUGAUGAUGUGGAUUUCUUUUAGAGGAUCCCUUUUAUUUGCUCAUUUUAUGACCUCUCGUUUUAAACAUUUUGUUAUUGUUUUCUUUGAUCACUCAUUCCUCCAUCUUUUUUGUGAGCACCCCCACCCCAGCUGUUUCCUCAGGUUCAGUACUGAUGCGUAUUGGUCCUAAACUGAACAGCACCCCCCACCCCUUUUAAGGGGAAGGAGUGUACAGUGCUCCAGAGCAGACUUGUACUCCUGUACCUUUAGCCUUUGCAUUGUUCUCCAAUAAACUAAUGUGGAAAACCUCA